UAAGCAGGCCUGUUGCACACACACGCAUACAUACCAACAGACACUAUUUAGACAGACAGAUAUAGCCAUGAUCCUGAUGGGUCGCAGUCUGUGUCUUCCUUCUCCAGCCACCGUCCAGGAGCUGUUCUCUGUGGCUCGAGACGCCAGCAUCAUCCCCGAUAUCUCCUUGGAUCCUGUCCUUACCACCUUCCUCUCACUGGACUCUUCAGCAGCACUGCAGCAUCAAUAUGCUUUCUUACAGCGGAGCAUGAGCAGGGAGCAGCAGACUGCAUUCAGCCUCAGCUUGACUAGAGAGCUGGGAGGCAGCAGCAGGGUCACAUAUGGAGGAGUAGGGGUUGUUGCUCUGGCUCUGUCCAUGCUUUUUGACCAGGUUGCCCAACAAGUACGGGCACAAGGAGAGGGGCGCCUAUCAACUGAAAGAUCCCAGGCUGUGAGGAUUUUUGGCAUCAGCAGUUCUUCAAGAAUUGGCUGGAUAAUCCACAGCUACCUCAGCUUGGUCCCUGGCAUUGCCAACAACCUGGAGAAGAUGUCUGAGACCACAGAGCUCUAUGACAACUGGCUGAGGUUUGAGCUGCUUGACCAUUAUGAGAGGAUGACCACUAAAAAGAGGAUGAGUACAGAGUCCAUGCAGCAGUGGUUAGCAGGAGCUGCAGUUCAUCUACACAUGAGAAUUCACCAGGUUCGUCUAAACUCUGUGCCAUUAGGAUCAGCGGAGUCUCUGCGUCUGUCUUAUAAGUCAGGGUUAGGUCGCCUGGUUCAGGUCUACACAGCCUAUCUACACAGAAACAUUCAGGAGACUCCAGGACCCCCAAAACACAGAACCAGACCAGCAAGUGGACCAAGACAAGCUAACACGUUUAGCAUAACCAAAAUGACCUGCUCUAGUAAAAAUAUCUCAGCUGAUAAAUAUAAUGACACUACCACAUCCAAUUCAACUGCUGAUAUUAAAAGAAGCUGUAAAACAGAUGGAUCCCGUGAAGACUUUGGACGUAAUGUGCCAGAUGUAAGCAAUGAAACCACUGUAGGUGCGGUAAACAGAAAGACACUUAACAACUCCACUGGAUAUGGUAGGGCUGAGGAAGUCAAUACUCUGGGUCUCUUAGUUAUUGAACUAUCGAGGAAUGUGAGUCACAGUGUGCGGCAUCACCCUUGUCAGUCUCCAGCCAUACAACAAGCUUUGGUGACUCGUAUCAUUAAGGCUCAGGACCUGGAGCGCAACAGAAACUUUUUCCUGUACCCUGAGAAAGUCUUCCACAGCCUGCUCAGGCAGAGGGAGGACUUUGAACUGAAGACCAAUUAAACAGACAUGAGUGAUUUGGAAUUAAAUCGAUCAUAUACAGGCAGACAAAUGAUCCUAACAUUGUGCUGUUAUCUUAAAGAGACUUCCAUCUAAUCAGUGACUUUAGUUAGUGAACCUCAUUCCCCUUUAACUGACCACAGAUAUGAAAAGGUUUGACGAUCAAUAUUCUAUAAUACUUUGACAUUUUGGGAAAUAAGCUAAUUUAAUUUCUUACAGAGAGUUAGAUGAGAUGACUGAUACCAAUUUUACUCAAUUUUUUACUCUGUCUAUUAAGAAGCCGGUUAGCUUAGCUUUGCAUGAAGACUGGCUCUUUCCAAAGACAACACAAUCCGCUUACCAACACUUAUUUAUAUCCAGUUAACAUGUUAUUGGCCUAACUUGUUUUUUAAUCCAUACAAAAUAGAAGGGGAAAAAAAAUAACAUGCUGCAGUUUUACAGGGGAUUAUGUGCCAAACUAUUUAAUGGCCUUCACAGCCGCAACAAGACUUGAGACUGUAAUAAGUGUUUAUAAGCAGAUUUUAUUACCUUCGGACAUUGGCAUGCUAGCAGUUUCUCCCUUUUUCCAGUCUUUAUGCUAAGCUAAGCUAACCAUCUCCUGGGUCCAGCUUCAUAUUUAGCAAACAGACAUGUAAGUAGUUUCAAUCUUCUCAUAUAUGCUUCACAACAAAACUAAUAAGAUUAUUUUCCAAAAAGGUUGAAAUAUAUCCAUGAGAAAUAUUUUUUCUGCUGUAGCAUACACACUUGGUUGUCAUUUUAUUAGGUACGCCGAGCUAGUGCUUAUGCAGUAUAAAACAAAAAAAACAUUUUGAAAAUCGUUUCAUUAUCAUUUCAGCAGGAUGAGAUGCAUAAAGUAUAUAUCAUGCUUAUAUUAUUUCUUUUACUAAAAACUGACUGCUGUAUAAUAUGUAUAUAAUAAUUAAACUAUUUCAACAUAAAACA